GGCCCUGGGCGGGGCCCGCGGGGCGGGCGAGAGGCGGCGGCGAUGGCGGCCGAGCUGGAGUCCUCGCUGGAGCUGAGCUUCACGGGCAGCGGCGCGGUGCCGGGCGGCGGGCUGCCCCCCGCGCGCUCCCGCAUCUUCAAGAUCAUCGUCAUCGGCGACUCCAACGUGGGCAAGACGUGCCUCACCUACCGCUUCUGCGCCGGCCGCUUCCCGCAGCGCACCGAGGCCACCAUCGGCGUGGACUUCCGCGAGCGCGCCGUCACCAUCGACGGGGAGCGCAUCAAGAUCCAGCUAUGGGAUACAGCAGGCCAGGAGCGCUUCAGAAAGAGCAUGGUGCAGCACUAUUACAGGAACGUACAUGCUGUCGUGUUUGUGUACGAUAUGACAAACAUUGCCAGUUUCCAUAGCCUGCCGUCGUGGAUAGAGGAAUGCAAACAACACCUCCUCGCCAACGACAUACCACGGAUUCUUGUUGGAAAUAAAUGCGACCUGAGAAGCGCUAUUCAGGUACCUACGGACUUGGCCCAGAAGUUUGCCGAUACUCACAGUAUGCCGUUAUUCGAAACCUCUGCCAAAAACCCCAAUGACAAUGACCACGUGGAGGCCAUAUUUAUGACACUGGCUCACAAGCUUAAAAGUCACAAGCCGUUAAUGCUAAGUCAACCCCCCGAUCGCGAUCAAAUACACGUAAAGCCCGAUCCGAAACCCGCUGUGACCUGCUGGUGUUAAAUUUCACUAUUUAUUGGCUGUCACCUCGUCCCGUCUGCAAGCGCUCCGAAAUCACGAUCUUGAUGUAGAUCAAGGGUUUGGUCGCAAUUAUAGCAAACCCCUUUGGCACUUUACCGUGUCGUUUUUUUUUCUCGUGUAGAUGUGCCCGUCUCAUUUUCUUGCGCUUCGUUAUUGUAUUUUCUGAAUUACUGAAGUUUCACUAUAAAUGUCCAGGAAAGUAACCUUUCAAGUGAAGUUUUAACUAAGCAGUUUUUAGUGAGCUCUGGCUCUCUGAGAUCGUUGUUGUCGCUCAUGGUGAAGUUAUAAAUAGUAAGGCAGUUUACUAAUGUGUUCGCUUGCUACCUCUGCUGGGAUAAUGUAGGAGGAAAAGUGUAUUGGGACAGCCAGAUGGCUCGACGUGCAGAUCGGCAAGCAGGGAGAUUUCUGAUGUCUGAAGGAAAAUGGGAUGCCUGCUAGCAAACUGAGAAGCGAGGACCUGUUUAUUUCGAAAGCAGACAGGACCGUCAGAUUAAGUUUGGGCUGUGAGCAUAAGUGCAAACUGCUGGCUUUAGUGGCCUGUCGUUCCGUGGUGAACUUGUCCCUACCUCUAGACGAUUAUUUGUUACGUAACACUUCAUUAAGUUUUUGUAAUUGCCUUGUAAGACUAAUCUGUCCUUCUUACAGAAAGUCCCAUGGCACAGGAUGCGGGGGAAGAAUCGGGACUAGAACUACCUACAGCCGUUUUGACUUUUCUAAGACUUAAAUGUUCAGUGAGGAUUGACUUCUAAAUACGCUGUGUUUGAGUUGACCGAGCCAGGGUAAGGGAAAACAAAAUAGAAAUAAACAAUGGAGUGAAUUUGACCAAAGCGUACCGGGGUUUUUAGAGAUGCAGCUUUUGGAGGACACUAGUGCUGAGAAAUGCUUUUUAAAUAUCUCGGAAAAGACAACUCGUUACAAGGCAGCUUGCUCGCUUGCUUUAGGGAUGAAAACGCCCGGGUUGGAACGUUAUUUGGGGUGCCCCUUUUGAUGUGCAGAGUUGUGCCUUAUUCAUCGGGAAUGCCGAGGCCGCCGUUCUCCAGGGAGCUGUAUUCGUCUGCGCUAGCGCGUAGGAAGGCUUCUGCGCAACGGAAUGACCAGCUUCCCUAUCGGAAGGUCGAUUGGCUUGCAUAAUGAUAAGACAGCAUCAGCCGUUUAGAGAGUAGGCAAUAUCAGAUUGCCUUUGAAUAGUUACAAACCCAAAAAUUAGCUCUUGAAUUAUGGAGAAAAAUGUGCCGCAUAGAUAAUCUGUUACAGAUGCUGUUGGUUAAAACACACUUGUGCAACACCACAGCUGUAAGCUAUGCCCCCAUGGCAUUGCUCACCUGAGUUAGACAUUGCUCUUCUAGAACCACCUUCCGCUGUGUUCCCGUAGGUGCAACCGUUUAAUUGUUAUGUUCUUUGAAGGUCAAAGUUCCUAACAAAGAUGGUGCUCGGUUGCAUAUAGUAACCAAAAGUGAAAUGCAAUCCUUACAUUUCAGUCUAUGCCUGCGUAUGCCAUGGUCCAGCAAUAUUUUCAAACUUGGUAGUUUUUAAAAGAACUUAAGGAGAAAGGGAGAUUUUUGAUGUGCAUUAGGAAGCCUGUUGUGUUGGCUAGAAAUGAACUAUCUAGCCCAGUUUAGAAGCUGCCAGCCCAGUGAUUGUUAGAAACAAAUGACUGAAGCAAACUAGCUAGUAUUAUGUGAACUGGCAAAAUUGAUGUCAUUUAAUUGCAAGUUAUACCGAUAAAAGGAAAAAGGCAUCGACUUUUGUCUAGACUUAGAAAAGCGUUUGAGUUGCCCUAAUACGAUGAGGAUAUUUAAAAAGAAUAUAUACCACAAAUAAUAUUUUAUUCCAAAUCAAGCCGCUACAGCUCUGACAGUAACGUCGUUUACGUGACAUGUGUUAAAGGGAACUUUGGUAUUCGCUCUGAACCGCACGUGGCUAGGUUUGCAGCCCUUUCGGAACCAAUCGGCUUUCUGAAACUCGCACCCUUAACGUGUCAUUUUGGGAAAGGCUUGAUCUUAAAGUCAUAUUUAUACUAUUAUAAAUAAGCAGUUUAUUUUUUACUUGUGUACUGAAUCCUUUUUCUCAUAAGGAUUUGUCUUAACUAGUUGUAUAAUAGUAGGUGUGUCAGCAAACAUUUUUGGUUUUUUUUUUUUCUUUUUCUUUCUUCUUUUUCAUUAAUUUGAGCCAAGCAAACAAACAGGAUGAAGCGUUCCGAAGUCAGGUUAGGGGUUGAGGUAAGGAAACAAUGUAGAUAUAACACUAAUGUUAAAUUCGAUAUUGGACAUCUGCAAAUCUGUUCAGCUCUGAGGUGUUUGCAGCCUGUAAAUAAGGGCCCUCAAGUCAUUAAAAUGGUGCGGAAACAAACAACGCUUUUAGUUUCUAAUCUUGUCUUGAGCACACAGCAUGUUGUAAUGGUUCUGCCGUGAAGAUAACGUGACCGUUCAUUCAGGAUUCGGUAUGCUUCCUGGCUUUCAGCGGUAAUGUUCUACCCACAGAAUCGAUGUCAGAAGCACUGAACACUUUGUAUACGUAGUUUCACCAUACUGGAUUGUCAUGUUGGAUUAUUUUGUACGUGCUGGGAAAGGGUAAGACGCAAUGCCAGAAAUCUAAGAACUGGUUUUGCCACAAACUGUUAGCACUUGUUUUCAGUAAUUGUUCUAAGAACGCCGAUAACAUUUCUCUUCAUUAAGUCCACAAUAAACUAUGAUAAGGGAGGAAAA